AGCAGGUGGACAGGUCUUAAGCCGCGGCUUCUCUGAGGGAUAGACAGCUGGGCAUGGGCCUCCCGAGGCUUCGCCAUGAGCUUCCUGAUCGACUCCAGCAUCAUGAUCACCUCCCAGAUACUGUUUUUUGGAUUCGGAUGGCUUUUCUUCAUGCGCCAGUUGUUUAAGGACUAUGAGGUGCGUCAGUAUGUGGUGCAGGUGAUCUUCUCCGUGACCUUUGCGUUUUCAUGCACCAUGUUUGAGCUUAUCAUCUUUGAGAUCUUGGGAGUUCUGAACAGCAGCUCCCGUUACUUCCAUUGGAAACUGAACCUGUGUGUGAUUCUGCUCAUCCUGGUUUUCAUGGUGCCCUUCUACAUUGGUUAUUUUAUCGUGAGUAACAUCCAACUGUUGCACAAACAGCGCCUGCUCUUUUCCUGUCUCUUAUGGCUGACCUUUAUGUACUUCUUCUGGAAGCUGGGAGACCCAUUCCCCAUACUCAGCCCAAAACAUGGGAUCUUGUCCAUAGAGCAGCUCAUCAGCCGGGUAGGCGUGAUCGGGGUGACGCUCAUGGCUCUGCUUUCCGGAUUCGGUGCUGUCAACUGUCCGUACACAUACAUGUCCUACUUCCUCAGGAACGUGACUGACACAGAUAUUCUUGCCCUGGAACGGCGACUGCUGCAGACCAUGGACAUGAUCAUAAGCAAAAAGAAAAGAAUGGCCGUGGCACGGAGAACCAUGUUCCAGAGGGGGGAUGUGCAGAACAAGCCGUCGGGACUCUGGGGCAUGCUGAAGAGCGUUACUGCCUCAGCCCCGGGAAGUGAAAAUCUGACUCUUAUCCAACAGGAAGUAGAUGCUUUGGAAGAACUGAGCAGGCAGCUUUUUCUGGAAACAGCUGAUCUGUAUGCUACAAAGGAAAGAAUUGAAUACUCGAAAACAUUCAAGGGAAAGUAUUUUAAUUUCCUGGGUUAUUUUUUCUCUAUUUACUGUGUCUGGAAAAUUUUUAUGGCUACCAUCAAUAUUGUUCUUGAUCGAGUUGGGAAAACUGACCCUGUCACCAGAGGCAUCGAGAUCACUGUGAAUUACCUGGGAAUCCAGUUUGACGUGAAGUUCUGGUCUCAGCACAUCUCCUUCAUUCUGGUUGGAAUAAUCAUUGUCACAUCCAUCAGAGGACUGCUGAUCACGCUUACCAAGUUCUUUUAUGCCAUCUCCAGCAGCAAGUCCUCCAAUGUCAUCGUCCUGCUGUUAGCACAGAUAAUGGGUAUGUACUUCGUGUCCUCUGUGCUGCUGAUUCGAAUGAGCAUGCCCCCAGAGUACCGCACCAUAAUCACAGAAGUCCUUGGGGAGCUUCAGUUCAACUUCUAUCACCGUUGGUUUGAUGUCAUCUUCCUGGUCAGUGCCCUCUCCAGCAUAUUGUUCCUCUAUCUGGCUCAUAAACAGGCACCAGAGAAGCAUAUGGCCCCCUGAACUCAGGCCCCCUGUCGACUUCAGGAAAGGAGACACAAUGGGGAGACCAGAGCCUACAGCUCUUUAAACAGGCAGAGCUGUGAGGUCUGUUCUGCCUCAGGCACAUGCCUACUUCCUCCUGAGAUACUGGAGUCACAAGUAGCUUCGACUAAGGCACAAGAAGAAGAAAACCUGCAGCAUUCAGCAGGGAGCCGCAUGGAUCCGAGGCUGUGCAGUGAGGAGGAGAGGGCCAGAGCAUGAGGAUACCCCAGAAAUCCUGAGUACACGGCUUCCCUCAAAAAUACUAGUAAAGUCACUUUGUAACACUUUGGCCUUGGGGUCACUUGUCCAGCACAGCUUGGUGUUAUGCUACUGUGGUCUGACGUGAAAUGCAUCUCUCCUCCUCACCCAACUUUACCCCAUAAAAAUAACCAAAAGGUUGUUUCUUCUUUUCUGGGAAAGGGGUGAUAGGCAACAGAUAGAUUUUACCAAAUAGAUUUUAGGUACACCAAUCUUUAUUUCCUUUUAAAUUAGAGAAGAGUGAAUGUUCCGUGCUAAUCCAGCAGUGGCUGGCUCAGGUUGGCUUUCCCUCUGCCUCAGUGCUCUAACUCAGUGCCUCAGUUAACUGGAACAAGCCCUUUCCUGUUCUGAAACAUAAGCUCUCCGACAAUAAAAGGAAGGUGUUGA